AUGUCUUUACCAGAGGAUGCUUUACACAAGGUAUUAAUGGAAUUACAAACUCGUUUACUAGAGAAUAAUCGACAAUUGAACAUUGUGAAAACACAAAUCCAGACCAAAGAACGAGAAAAACGUUUUGCAGAACUUACAAAACAUGAAUUAUCAAGUUUGAAUGAAAAUAUAAGAACAUAUAAAUCUGUUGGAAAAGCAUUUAUUAAAACUGAUAUAAACAUAUUAAAAUCAGAUCUUGAAACAACAAUUACAAAAACUGUGUCGGAUUUAACAGCAUUAGGAAAAUCAAAAAAAUAUAUAGAAAGAAAUAUUAGUGAUUCAGAAGCUGGUUUAAGAGAAAUUAUUGGUCGUCCUUUAAGUAAUAUUGAUAAUAAGCCUUAG